AAGAAAGAAGAAGAAGAAGAAGGGAGUUGUUCUUCUAGAUAGCAGCUCUAUACUGCAUAUUGAAUCCAUUCGUAAUGCUUGACAGGAAAAUUUUGGGAAACAACAGCUUAUGUCACUAGAAUGUUCUACUCGGGUUAGAAAUUCUGGAUAAAAUCUAGUCCCAAUUGAUCAUGGGCAUGGAUAAUACAAAUGCCUUAUAUUUCUAAAAAAAAUAGUGAUUGAUACUAUCAUGAUUUUGUAGUUUCAGAAUGGGAUGCAUGUACCGUUAGUAAUGGGUGAUGAACAACAAGCGCAACUACUAUCAUGGUUUCACGAUAAUGAUGGUCAGCAUAUGAUGAUGUUGGUCUUGUGCUUUGUCACUGAUGCACCCCCCAUGGCAAUGAUUGAAUUGGAAAGUCCAAGCAAUUUUAACUAAACAUUUUUGGUAAUUUAGACAACAGCCAUUUAUUUGGGGUUUCCAUUUUGAUUAUGGCCAAAAUCAGUCUUUCUUUGUAAUUUAAGUUCAAGGCCCAGAAACCUACCGGUCAAUUUGGAAUUUCAUCUAGUUGACCCAAUUUAUCCAGCCUUCAAUAUGGAAAUCCAAAUGCUGAUUUAAAUAAAACACGACCAUCAGUCGAAUUAGGGGACUGAAAUACCAAGUUUAUAUCAUAUUCUAAGUUUUUUAAAAUAUGAUUUGAUCCAUAAAAUGUAUGAGAUUUCUUAAAACUAUCGAUCGCUAUGUAUCUUUUUGCAGCUUUUUAUGCUAUUUCAGGAAUCUUGAUGCAAGCCUUUUUUCAUUAAAGCAAAUGCAGCAUUGCAGCUCAUGUAAAUGAUUUUGUAGGAAUUUUCUACCUGCCCCUCUUAGAUCUCAUGAUUCUUUGUAGCAUCAGGUCAUAAGAUUGCUUCUUUUCUCCUACUCUUUUGCUACUUCAAGUGACCAAGUUGUCUGAGAUCUAUCAUUAAUCUGAUGGGCAUAAUUGUGCCCUGUUUUAGGGAUAUAGACUGCUCCACAAGCACCUCUGAUCCCAAUUAUUUGGGUUACUUUAGCACGGGAAAGUAAAUGACAAUUGAUAGUUGUACUUUUAUUGGAGUUUGAUGAGCAUAUCUGUCGUGCAUGUGAAACAUGGUUACAUUGAUUUGGACUUCUGAUUCAAUUAUCAAGCAGAUGGAUGAUCAGCUAUCUCUUAGUCGCAGUUCGAAAUCAAAUUGGUUGAGCAAUCCUAGCUAACUUGCAACUCGUGGACACUUAUUUGUUAAAAUAGGACAAUGCCCCUUUCUUGAUCAAAAUCACAUUUUUGCUAACAUGGACUGAAAAUUUGCAGUCCCUUCUAGAGCCUUUCCUCAGUAGGGGGUGUAAAAUAUCUUUCAACAUCACGCUUUGAUAUACACAUGCAUGCAUUGAUAAAUGAUUAAUAAUUGUUUCGGGAUACAACUUAACCAGGUGAUUUGGGUCACAGGUCAAACAGGUCCACAUCCUGGGAUUCAUCAGAUCCAGGCUGUUGUUGGAUUUGAAGCUACUGCUUUGAAGGAUCCUGGCCUCAAUGCCGGCGAGGAGGUGCAGAAGAUGGUCAAUCUUCUUGACAAGUUGGACACCUCCAUGAAGAUCGCAGAGAUCCUCAAAGAUCGUCUAUCUUGGUUCCAGGAUUGCCAGUGCCUUGAAGUCUUCAACAUGUUUCCCACUGGAAACAGAGGGACAAUUGAACUGAUAUACAUGCAGGUUGAUGUAUGCUCCAACAACUUUAGCUCCUCCACGUGACUUAUGGACUUUGAGAUACACCACAAGUUUAGAAGAUGGCAGUCUAGUGGUAUGUCAUGCCACCAAGUCCUCUAUUCUGGCAUUCUAGUUUAUUAUCACCUUUGUAGAUAGCUGAUUGGUAAGUGUUUCAUUAGAGGAGCCGAUUAAAAAAAAGUGUUUCAUCUGUGCAACCACGUCUAUUCAAAUCAUUCAGGGUGGUUUUAGAUAUUAUUUCAUUUACUACCUGGAGCUGUUGGAAAGGGUCCAGAAAACCAAUUUCAUGUGUACCGAUUGCAGUUGCUUGGGAACAAAUGACUGGAACCUGGAAGCUUAGUAAGCAAUUAGAAGUUCAAUUUAGUGUCUUGGGUGGUCUGACAACCCAGAUUAGUUAGAACGUUAUUGCUGGCCAUUAAACUGGGCCUGUCCUUUUUUAUCUUCCCAUUUAUUAGUUGGCAAGUUGGCACAUAAAAUGCUUCAUUUAAUUAUUCAUUUGUUGUUGGUUUGAUAUC